GCCCCGCCCCACGGUCCUGGCAGAGGCGCGAUGGCCGACAGUGGCUGCGCUCCCGAAGCGCCCAGCCCGCGGGGCUCUCCCCGGCCGGAGCCUCGGGUCCCGCGCGCGGCCGGGCCGGGCGAGAUGCCGCGUACGGCGGCGCUGGCGCUGCGCUUCGAUAAGCCCAUCAAACAGGCUUUCUACAACACGGGCGCGGUGCUGUUCGUGUGCCUGUGCUGCGGGGCCGCGGUGCUCGUGUACUUCAUCCUCGAGGCCUUCUUGCGGCCGCUGCUCUGGGCCGUGCUUUGCGGCACCUUCCUGCACCCGUUCAAGAGCUCGCUCACGCGUCUGGGCCGCCUGUGGCUGCGCCGCCUGCACCGCGCGCACACGCCCAUCGUGCUGGCCGCGCUGCUGCUGCCGCUCUGCUUCGCCGACUACGGCGUCGAGGCCCUGGGCGAGCAGGCGCUGCGCCGCCGUCGCCUGCUGCUGCUGCUGGGCGCGGGGGGCCCGCUGCUCUACGGUCUCUACUGCCUGGGCAGCUACCUGGGCGUCCAGGUGCUGCUGGCGCACGCGGGCGCGCUCAUCUGCCGUGGCCUCGACUACUUCAGCAGCCUGUGGAUCUGGACGUUGGUGGUUGGCUAUGUGCUGAUGGUUUCAUUCAAGUGGAAUGCGAACACUGAACGCUACUUGAGAGCAGUUUCGAUUCCUGUCUGGAUGGUACUGCUUUUUCAUAUAGCAUCACUGGCUGGCUCAUGGAGAAUCCCAGUAUUCCUGGUUAUUGUCUUCCUGAUGUCUGUGGGCACCCUUUAUGAAAAACAGAACGAGAAGGAGGCUGCUGGGGCAGAAUUACCAGGACAAGUGAUCUCCAUGGCAGCGUCUACUCUUGCAAACUUGGCCAUCUCCAUCACAGGGUAUGAGUCAGGCAGUGAAGACCAGCCCUCCACUCAGCCCGCAGAACCCACGGACAGGGGAGAGCCCACCCCAGCAUUGUCUGCUCCUUCUUCAUCCUCCUCCUGUUCCUCACCCUCUUCUCCUUCACCUACUUUGGGCAGACAGAGGCCUGAGAUGGGGUCGUUUCUCAGAAAGAAGAAAACGAGUGACAUUUACUUUGUGUCUCUUGUGUGGGCCAUCAUUGCUGUCCAGCUCUGGCUGAAUCUGUGGAUCGUGCAGCUGCUGCCGGUACCUGUUGGAGUCUGGAUAAUUAAAAAGCUGGUGAUUCACUUCGGAGUGGUGGGCUUCCUGGAGAAACGCUGCCUCGUGUGGUGGCAAGUUGUCGAGUGCUUCCUGAAGGAGCGGCAGGAGGCGUUAGCACCAUGGCCAAUUAUCGGGCUUGGAAAGUUCUUACUAAAAGUUGAUAGCAAGAUGAUCAUCUGGUUGGAGAAGAUGUUAGAUAAAAUUAUUAGCAUUUUCAUCAUAUUCUUGCUAGUAAUAGGAACCCUUCUUUUAGCCCUUCUCCUGACUGCAAAGGUACAUCAAGAAAGUGUACAUAUGAUUGAAGUCACAAGCAAUCUGAUUAAUGAAACUCUAGCAAAUCACCCAGAGUGGGCAAAUUGGCUUCCUGAAGCUCAAGUGGUCCAAAGAGCCCUUAAUUCUGCAGCUAACAAUGUAUAUCAGUAUGGACGGGAAUGGAUAACCCACAAGCUUCACAAAAUUCUAGGAGAUAAGGUGAACAAUACAGCUGUGAUUGAGAAGCAAGUUCUAGAACUGUGGGACAGACUGUAUCACUCUUGGUUUGUGAAGAACGUGACACACUCUGGAAGGCACAAAGGGCACAAGAUGCAUGUUAAUCGUCAGAACAGCUGGCUGGGAGACAUUCUGGACUGGCAAGACAUUGCCUCCUUCGUUCAUGAGAACAUUGAAACAUUUCUUUCGAUAUUAUCUUUUGGCUUCCAAAUAUGGAAGAUGAAGAUCUUGGAGUCCCUGUGGAUUGUUAUGAGCCGGAAUGUGAGCCUGCUCUUCACCACGGUUACCACACUGCUGACUAUCCUCUUCUACAGUGGCACUGCCCUUCUCAACUUCGUGCUGUCCCUGAUAAUUUUCCUGACCACACUGUUUUAUCUGUUAAGUUCCAGUGAUGAGUACUACAAGCCAGUGAAGUGGGUGAUAAGCCUGACACCACUGUCUCAGCCAGGCCCUUCUUCUAAUAUUAUUGGCCAGUCUGUGGAAGAAGCCAUCAGAGGGGUAUUUGAUGCUUCCCUCAAAAUGGCUGGCUUCUAUGGAUUGUACACCUGGCUGACACACACCAUAUUUGGCAUCAAUAUUGUCUUCAUACCAUCAGCUUUGGCAGCAAUCCUUGGAGCAGUGCCAUUCCUGGGGACAUACUGGGCCGCAGUACCUGCUGUCCUAGACUUGUGGCUGACACAAGGGCUAGGGUGUAAGGCCAUCUUGCUCCUGGUCUUCCAUCUCUUGCCGACAUACUUCGUAGACACUGCGAUCUACUCUGACAUAUCAGGAGGAGGCCAUCCUUACCUGACUGGCUUAGCGGUGGCUGGCGGAGCGUACUACCUGGGCCUGGAAGGAGCCAUCAUUGGGCCCAUACUUCUCUGCAUACUUGUGGUUGCUUCCAAUAUCUACAGUGCCAUGCUAGUGAGUCCUACGAAUUCAGUGCCCACACCAAAUCAGACACCUUGGCCUGCUCAGACUCAGAGGACUUUCCGUGACAUCUCUGAAGAUCUGAAAUCUUCAGGAGAGUGACACAGCUUUGCUGCAGUGACUUAUCUGGGGAGUUCAGCCUGAGGGUGACUGCUCCCAGGUGUGGCCUCUUCUGUCAGCCGUGUCUGCCAGGCAGGGGCACCCAGAAAAGAAGCAGACGCCUCCCAGCCUUACACGCAGAACACCAAGUGAGAGUGGAAUUGCUCUAGGCUGCUUUGCAUUUUAAACACAGCUUGAGUUGAAAGCUCUGUUCGCUCACAGCUCAUGCUAAGAUGACUUGAAAAGUUUCAGUUCAUGCACUGGUACCGAGGCUUGAAACUGCCCUUUCGAUUGUCUACUGCAAUGCGUAUUUAUAAAGUCUCCCUAAGGAUUCUGAAAUACCUGCUGUUAAAGGUAUAUUCACUGUAAUUUUCCUCCUGUGUUAGGAACGCUUAGCCCCUUUUCAGUGACGAGGCUUUCACUUUCUUGUAUGGCUUAGUAAGCAGGGAACAUGCAUCUGAUACCCUUUUAGAAUAACAUCAUCCCCUCCUCAGAGAAGAAAGGAGUCUUCGGGGUAAACCUGGGUGGGGUAUGUGUGCUGUGACCAGAAGAGAAGCAGUAAGAGUGGGGCUCUUCUCCCUUCCUCCCCUUUACCCUCCUUUCAGUAUUGCCAAAUCUCUACAACGUUCCCGACCACGUUGGAUCUGGAGCUGUCUAACUGUUUCACAAGGAAAGAUGCUCAGGUGGAGUGGUCCUCUGGUUUGUUGUGUAUGCCCUCAGUUCUUGACCUGGGACUCUAUCAGUAAGUUACUUAGCAGCAGACUGUCACUUAGCAAAGUGCCUUGCACACGUGACUCUAGAUGAAUGCUUGCUGAGUUGGACUGUAACUUUCUACCUAUCUCAGAUAUGACAUAACCAGCAUAGUGCUUUCCUUUUGCAGCCCUUGUGCAUAUAACUUCACAUGCAUUUCAUCAGCUCCCUCAGCUUUGCAUUCAACAGUGUCACACUGGACAGUGGCCAGUACAGAGCCACCCAGUGUUAUAAGACUUGGUCUCCCAUCUCCCGGCUUCACAUCUGCAAACUCUGUCGCAAAGCAUUCUUAGGACUUUAGCAGUUUCCCAGUCCUGUGCCAGGUGUUGCCCUUCGUUCCUUACAAGUGAAAGAAAGCUUGUCCUGUUUCAUGACAUGGCCAGGGGAGCCAGCUCCUCGUGCGGUGCCCUUCCUAGCUCUUUUUUUUUUUUUUUCCUUCCUAGCUCUUAAGUCACCAGCCCUGCCCGUGCCCCAAGAGAAUAGGGAGCAGAAGGGAUUUGUGCUGAAGAUUUUUCUUGAAAGCAUUUAAGACUAAAAUUAUUUUUUCUAAAACAUCUAAGUUUAUAAAUUUAUUUAUGUCGCAAGUAAUACACCCCACAUACUACAGUGUCCUGACUUGGAGGAAUGUAUGGAUAGCAUAGCACAUGCAGGUCUCCUGGUUGUAUCAUGAAUCCUUCAAUAUUUAUGACCUAUUAUUCCAUUACCUGUUAGAUUUGGCCACUAAAUCACUUAUUGUUCUUUAAUCAGUUGGUCAUUUGCUCAUUAACACGUUUCUUGAGUGUUAGUAAAGUCCAGGCACUGUGCCAGGGACUGUACAGGGUGUUCUGGGAGAUAGGUCCUGAAAACAGCCGUCCUCACCUUCAAUGCCAGACAGAUCAUGCAUCAUUCUAAAUCUGAAAUUCUUGUAUUAAAAUGGCUGAAGAGAGAAACCAAGUUUCUGUUUGUUUAAUAUAACCUGUUAAGUUUAUAGCUAUAAUUAGCACAUAUUCAUAGAAGGCAAUAAACACAGUUGUUUGUGUGCAUAUACAAAUUAUGUUGCUCCAAUAUGCUUUUAAGCCAUGUAAGAGCAAAAUUACAAAAACCUAGGUUUGAGCUAAUUUAUAGCUGUUGGUAGGGUAAUUCUCAAUCUGAGAGUGAAGUUGUUUGAGGGAAGUUCUGAGCUUCCUAGAUUAGUAGCAGCAGCCUAAGACCGCACUGGAAUUUUAGGGGUAGAGGUCCCCGUAGCAGCACACCGUCCCAAUCAAGACACUCAAACUCUCCAUCGCUACAGUGAAUUCAGGAGGUUGGAACUAGAAAAGCACCCUGGCACGUGUCACACACAGGGAAGAGGUUUUACAGAAUUUUUCUAGGAUAGAUAGAGAGCAGGUGGCACGACAAGGUGGGAGUUUUUAGCUUAAGUCUCUAACCUUCCCUGAAGAGUUUGCAUGGGAAUUUGAUCUGGGAAGAAGUUCCCCUAGGAACAGAGAGGGUAUCUGUGCCAGGCAUUUUUGUGUGUGUGUUUGGGGUGUGUAUCUGUCUGUUUGUGUAUAGAAUGCAGUGUGUUUAUUUGUGUGAGUGCUUGUAGAAUGCAUCCAUGAAGCAGAAGUAGCUUCCGUGAAACUGAGGACAGAACUCUGACAUAGCAUCUUGGAUUCCACAGAUACAGUAAGGGUUAGUUUCCAGUUCCCAUUCUCUGGCAGUUUUAAACUGAAUGGGUACACAAGGAGCUAGGAAGCUGUGUGCACCCAUCUGCUUCUGAUUGUGAGACAGCAGGUGCAGGGCUGGAAGCAUAAGUCGCAUGUGAUAGACCUCCUGCCUGGAUCCCACAGUCUUAUUUUCAGAUGUGACCUAUGGGCUUCUUCAGCUGCCAGUGUUAGAUAGUAAAACUGUGAGUCUCUAGCCCGUCUUCCCCAAGAGCUGACUGCUGACCUUUGGGCUCUGAGAUGAGUCUGGGUUGGCUCUUGACUGUGGAAAGGUGCUGUGUGGAGACCCUGUGUCCAGACUCUGGCUCUGGGGAUGGCAGCUGCUUGGACCAGUGUACAGGCGGGAAAGGACUUGUAGAGCUGCUCCUCUGGCUAACCUUGGCUACUCACCGAGCUUUUUCAGGACUUCUGCAUUCCUCUACUUCCCACUUUGGCUAGAUGCCUGUUUCAGAAGUGUGACAAGAAAUGCUGGGAACACAAGGCUAAUCAGGCUUGGGCUAAAAUACAGUCAUGUAGGUGACUAUCUAGAGGUCUUAACCUAGUUUGUGAGGAAUACAUUCACGACUUUCCAUAUUCUGGUCCUGACCUUCCAGAAUGUUCUGAGGGUCUCUCACAGCCUUUCCAAGUGUAUCACAGUAUGACUUUGAGUGCCCUCUUCACAGUGAAAAUUGCUCACGGCAACAAACUUCCAAAUUCUAGUUCCUGCAGAGAACAACUACUAUUUAUUUUCUAUUUAUUUAUUUUUUUUUAUCAGUUUCUUGUCUGCUAUUUUUGCCACUAAAUGUGUUCAUUUCAUUAACUCACGAAGGUUUGGGAAAAACACCUAUCUGAAGCCACUAAGCAGCUUUCUUGACAACUUAAAAACACAUAACAGAAUUGUAGAUGAGGAUCCUUCUUAGCAGUUGCAGAAGUGUGGUGCUUGAAUGGGCUGUUGUAAUGAGAGGAUGAGGUCGUUUUAGAGAAGGAAAUAGGUUUGUGGGUAGGUUAUGGCACAGAGCCUGUUAGCAGCAGAAUUCAGAGUGGAAUGCAGAUACCCUUGCUCUCAGCUCACCUUCUGCUUCUCUUCCCUUUUCCUCAACCACUUUUGUCAAAAAAGAAGUUCUAUAUAGCAGUUGUUUACAGAAUGAAUAGUAAGAGAAAAACUGCUGAGAGAGGGGAGAUUCCACGGUCAAUUAAAAUUCAGGAAUGCUAAGUUAUUUCCUUUCCCUGGGAUGUCUGAGUUUCUGUUAUGCCAUGACACACUGUGAACUCAGGAGGGACAGACUGUGUCACUGUAUGUCAUGUCCCUGUCCUCCACCUUCCUCUGAGCAUCUCAAAAGACCAGGGUUCCUUUGAUCAAGUUUACAGGUCUUGUAAAAGACAGCUGCUAGUGAGAAUACUGGCAGUGCCUAUGUUACCGCAGUACUAGGGGAAGGCCACAAGUCCUAGCCGUCUGCUGCCCAGAGCUGUACUAGCAGGGAGGAUGUUCUUUCCCACCUGUGGCACACAAAAUCAGUAUCCAAGUUCUUCAAGACUCAUUCAGUGUGCAGAUACACUGAUGAUGCUGUUGCUGCAUCUUAGCAAUGCUUUUGUAUGGCACUUUAUAAUUUUCCAGCACCUUUAGGUUCAGCCCUGUGAGGCAGACAGUAUUACAGUCAUUGUACAGAUGAGGCACUGGAAACUCUAGAGAAGUUUGUUGUUGACCCCUUCUCUUCCCCCUUCCUCUCUCCUAAGUUUAGAUCACAAAAGGAUGGAGUCAGGAUUUGGUUAUAGAGUCUCUGACUCCAAGUCCAAAGUUCUUUCUACUGGUCUUUCCUUCUAGCUUUAUUUAUACAAUGAAGGUAUGGAAACAGACCCAACCGUGGUUUGGCUUAUUGUGAAAUAUAAAUGCUUUGGUUAUUGGAGUGGCCCAGAAGUAACUCUUGCUGUAGCUGUCCUAGAGAAAACCCUUCUUUGUCCUUACAGUGUUACUUGUUCAGGUACCUGGAUUGUACUUCAAAUACUGUUUGAUUGUGAAACUAAGAUUAAACAUAUCCUUGUAAUUAUUUAACUCUGACAAUGUAUCGCCGCUGCAUUCUCAGGUGAAGGAGAGAAAUGGUUUGACAGGAAAAAUAGCAUUCAAAUGCAGCAGUAAAUAUCCUUUAUUACACAAAUGCUGUUUCUUAGCUUUAAUUUGCUUUCACAAGUUACUGAUGUAACAUCUUUGUAAAAUGUAAAAUAUUUAUAUUUUGAAAUAAAGUCACAAAUGUUGGAUGAAA